GUGGCAAGUAAUAUUUGUAGUUGUAAUAAUUCAACAUGGCUGACGACAGUGGCACCGUGGUUCAAGGGAACACAAAUAAUGUUGCUGAGGGAAACGCUGAAAAUGCCGAUGGACAGCAGCAGCAGCAACAAGCUAGACCUAAUGGAUGGGCAAUGAUCAAAACCCUGGUUGUACGUAUGGUAUUUAUCUACUUCAUCGCAAGCUUAUUCCGAAGAAAUCCUCAACCAGCACAGACAACUGGGGCUGAUGGAAAACCUAGCCCAGCAGCAAGACCAUCUUCUAAUGUGUUUGACAAGUUUACGAAUAUGGAUAUGUACGUGUAUGUGUCUGAACAAGAAGAAUUUACAGACUUCAAAAACGAAAAAGCGCUAUUUUGGUUUGAGCAAGGGUUGAUCUACGGAGACUGGACAAGUGGUGACAACAAUGAUGGAUCCUUUGAGAAAUCUGGAAAGAUUGAAGCUUCUGAGACUGUUCAAAACAAUGGUUCACUCUUUAUCCAUGUGUACUUUGUGAAGGAAGGGAAAUCACCUGAUCCUACAGACAGAGCUUCAAAGCUGUAUUCAAAGAAAUACACAGCAUAUCGAUCUAAAAGGUUAAACAAAUUCAAAAAGAGACGUUUCCACACGACUGUUAAUCUCUUAACAGGCCAAACAGAUGUUCAUCCUGAUUUAGUUCAGAAAGAAAAUGCUUCUGCUUUUGAGAUUUUGUCUCACUGGCAUCCCAACUUGACCAUCAACCUACUGGAUGAUCACUCACCUUGGAUUCCAGGCUCUGUGCCACAACCACUAGAUGAGUAUAUUGACUUUGUACCUGGAUCCAACAAGUACUACCCUAUCGUCUAUCUGAAUGACUACUGGAACUUGAAUGCUGAUUACAUGCCCAUCAAUGACACAACCAAACUCCUAAACCUGACAGUGACAUACACUCCCAUGUCGUUGUUCAAGUGGCAGCUCUAUGCUGCUCAGGGCAUGCGCAACAAGUGGGUCAAUAUGCUCGGCUCUGAGGCUGGAGAUGAUGAGGAGGAUCAAGAUUCUCUCAAGAUGGCUUUCUUGGAAACAAGUCCUUAUUUGCUGGGGAUGACAAUUGUUGUGUCCAUAUUGCACAGUGUGUUUGAAUUCCUUGCUUUCAAGAAUGACAUCCAGUUUUGGAAGAGUCGCAAAUCCCUGGAAGGUCUGUCAGUGCGCUCGGUGUUCUUCAAUGUGAUCCAGUCUCUAAUUGUCCUGCUCUACAUCAUGGACAAUGAGACCAACACUGUGGUGAAGAUUAGUGUCUUUGUUGGACUUUGUAUUGAGAUCUGGAAAAUCAACAAAGUUGUCAAUGCAAAGAUUGACAGAGAGAACCCUAUUUUUGGUUUUAUACCAAGAGUCAGCUUGUCAGAAAAAUCUACCUACACAGAAUCUCAGACUAAAGAGUUUGAUAUUUUGGCAUUCCGCUACCUGUCGUGGCUGCUGUACCCUCUCCUAGCAGGCUACAUGGUCUACUCUCUUGUGUACCAAGAGCACAAAGGAUGGUACUCUUGGGUGCUCAGCAUGUUGUAUGGUUUCCUGCUCACGUUUGGUUUCAUUAUGAUGACACCUCAGUUAUUCAUUAAUUAUAAGCUGAAGUCAGUUGCACAUCUUCCAUGGAGGAUGCUCACGUACAAGGCUCUCAACACCUUCAUUGAUGACAUCUUUGCCUUUGUCAUCAAGAUGCCCACCCUGUACAGACUGGGCUGUCUCAGAGAUGAUGUGAUUUUCUUCAUCUACCUCUACCAACGUUAUAUUUACUCUGUGGAUCCAAAGAGGGUGAAUGAGUUUGGAACAAGCCAAGAGAUGAUGGACAGCCCUGGCGAAGUGGCAGAGGAGGAGGGAGGGGGGGGAGAGCAGCAAGCGCUCACUGGGAAGGAAGAAGAGACAGAGGAGAAUCAGGGAGAAGCAAAGGAGGGAAGUGAAAAUGGGGACGUGAAAAAGACUGUGGAAGAGAAGAAAAAUGACUGAUUAUGUGAGAUGCG